UUAUCACUUUAUUUUUGCUUUAGUAAUAAAAUUUUAUAAAUUAAUAUCCAGGCAGUUAUGUCAAAGAAGCGUGUCUCUUCAUCAUCCUCAACUCAUGGUAAAACAGCAAAGUAUAUCGAUGUACCAGUGUUGUCUUUAGGUGAUGUGAGAGAAGAAUUGUCACAAGCUUACAAUGGCGGUAAGGAUUACACUCAUGUUUCAGGAGUACAACUGUUCAACACACCUUUUCAAUGUUGUGUGAUCAGAGACUUCAUCAAUGACAAAGAUUUCGUUCAAAGAUUGAAAGAUGAUCUGCUCGCUUUAAAUUUCAACUCGAAAGAAACUGAUUUAUUUCAGUUCCACCAGACAGAUGAUCUUAUAGAUUGUAAAGUGGAAACGGUGGCCGAAAUCAGAAAAGUUUUAUUUAACGACGUUCGUCGAUGGGUGGCUGAUGUGAAAGGAAUUGAGUUGGACACUAAAGUGGAUCUAUCGUGCGCAAAAUACAGUUAUACAGAUUUUUUGCUGUGUCAUGAUGAUAAACUUGAAGGACGUCGUAUAGCUUUUAUAUACUAUCUUGUACCUGAUGAUUGGACGACGAACGAUGGAGGUUGCUUCGAUAUGUUUUCAACUGACGACGAUGGACAACCGAGCGAAAUUAUUCGUUCUAUUGUUCCGGCUUUUAACAGUUUUGUAUUUUUCGAAGUCACAGAUAAAUCUUUUCACCAGGUGGCUGAGGUUAUUUCGAAAGACAAACAUCGCCUCACUAUUUCUGGUUGGUUCCACGGUAAACACGUGACUACAGAGAGUUCAUCUGAUCCACCUAUGAGCGUAAAAACAUCUCCAGCCCUUCCCGAAAAGGACGAGUUGUUACUAGAAUGGAUUAACCCGACUUAUCUCACACCGGAUAUAGUGGAUGAUAUUUCCGAACAGUUUGAAGAGGAAUCGGAAAUACAGUUAAAAGAUUUCCUGAAGGAAGAAAAAAUUUCUCUUGUACUAAACGAGCUGUCGAAUAAUUCUGAUUGGGUAAAGAAAGGACCCGCUAAUCACAGAUGCUACUGGUGUCUACGAGACGAAGAACAGGCAUCAGAGAACGUGAAACAACUACGAAAAUUACUGGCUUCAAAGCCCUUUUUUAAAUUGUUAACAAAACUGUCCGGAUUGGAGCUGGCUUUGUUGGACGAGGAAGAAAAUGAUAUUGAAAAAAAGAACGCGGUCCCGCCGCUGUGCUCUGUUCAAGUUCGAAAAUGGGAGCGAGGUUGUUAUACGCUGUUACACGACGAAGCUCCUGCUGGAAAGGAGUACACGUUAGAUGGUGUUUUGCAUUUGAACCACCACGACUUAGAUGAAAGUGAAGACGAAGCUUCUAUCAACUAUAUCGCCAAAGAUACCGGUCAACAAAUUUUAGCUGUCCACCCGUUGACGAAUUGUUUAUCUUUGGUGUAUCGCGAUGAAAAGACGAGUCGUUUUUUUAAAUAUAUAAAUCACACAUAUGAGGGAUUACCACCGAUGUAUGAUGUAUCACUCACAUACAUGGAAGGGGAAUAAAAUAUAUGAAAUUCA